CUAGUAUGUUAGUACCGCUAGGUCAAGCGCCGCACACACAAAAGCGGCUUAUACGCUUGCGCAGCGACUGCAUUAGUCGCAUUCGUGCAGCGACAGCGCUGCAGCUAGCGCUGCGGCUCUCCGUCGGCUCUCAAGCCAAGUAGGCACAAGGCGCCUCUCAAAGAGCAGUCAAUACUGCGCGCGCGGCGCGAUAGCAACCGCGACAGGCCGCUCUCGGUCAAGCGCUCGUCGUCAAGCGCUCGUAUCCAUAAAAAGAUGCCGCGCACGCGCGCGCAGCGCCGCCACGCGCUCGCGACGGCACUCGACGGGGACUCCGUCUCCUACAUCCUAUCGUUCCUGCCCAAGCUCGGCGUCGUUCCCGGCCGCUUGUACACGCUAUCCGGGUCGGGCACUCAGCACACAUGCGGUGGGCUCUCGCUCAAAGCAAUCCUCGCGCCGCGGCGGCGGCGCCUGAUCAAGUGCCCCGGUGACAUUCCGCGGCUCGAGAACGCGGUCGCCGCGGCGCGCGAGGGCGAUGUCGUGCUGCUCACGGAGAGCGUCGAGCUCCAGGCGCCGAUCGUCGCGCCGCCGUUUCAUGUGACGAUCGCGGCGGUGUCGCGGCGGCGCUUCGGCCGCUACAGGAGUGACAACGUGCCGCCGGGGCAGCACUACAGUCACGGACAGCUCGAGCGGGCGCUCGGCCGUCCGUCUCACGGCGCCUACGUCUACGUCAACAGGAAUAGAUUCUCGGGCGGCGACGGAGAAGAGUCCGACUCAGACGGCGACAAUCCGCAGCUGUAUGCUCGCGACACCUUGGGUGCGGUCGUGGCCUCUGGAGCAGACGUGCGCCUCGAGCUACGCGGGCUCGCGUGGGUCGGUGAGGAACUCGACGAGGACGUACCCGAGGACCCAGGCCCUCUGUUCUUGCCCUUCGCCAUCGACGCGCAAGACGGGGCGCGCGUCGACGUAGAAAACUGCUGGCUCUCCAGUAUCUCCAGGGCCGCCCUGCGUGCUUCUAGCGGUGCCUCUAUCUAUGCGCGAGACCUGACGAUUGGCCUUAGCUCCAAGGGCGUUAUGGCAUAUGACGGCGGUAGUGUGAUUGUCGAAAAUUGCUUGUUUAAAGGGAACCACAUAUAUGGAGGGAUGGCGCACAACGGCGGUCGGAUCGACGUGCGUUCGUGCCGCAUUGAUUGCUGCUUCCUCGUGGGAUUCUGUGCAAGAGGAGUCGGCUCGCACAUCCGCAUCCGCAAGACGGUAUACAUGUCGCGCCUAGUAGAGCUCGCCGACGAGGAGAGCUGGACUCCGCGAUUUACCAUCAAACGCGGCGGAUGUGUUACAUUCUCCGCCACGGAGAACGAAACGUAUAGGUGGGCGUCGACCGAGCCAUACCCAAACGUCGAGCUUGUGGAGUGCGACGGAGGCGACCUGGAGGGCUUCGAGGACCUCUCGGGCGGCGAGCCCGAGCCGGUCCUGUCUCUCACGUAUGAGGCCGGAGGCGCUGAAUUCGUGUCGCGGGUCCGCUUGGACGAGCCCACCGAAACGAGCAACUACUGGUUCGACGGUUCCUCUGGAUACCGCCUGGCGUAAUUUGUAUUAACAUUAGUCAACUCUGCACGAGAGAGCCGAAGACAGGGGGAGGCAUCCCCGCCGCCCGCGCCGUCGGGCCGCGCACCUAAAGUAGAGUGCGCGGCCGUCAUCGUGGCACAGUGACGAGGACACAGAACGAGGAAGGGGCCCACAAGAAGUGGACCCCCUAGCCUCAGCCGCCCGCGCCGCACGCGCUCAUCGCGCCCUGCGUGUCCUUCAUGCCCCGAAUUUUCUUCCCUCCACCAGCACCGCCGGGCCCGCCGCCUCGUCCGGUGGAGCCGCCGCCGCCGCGCGGCCUUCUCCUCAUCUCGGCCUUGGCGCCUUCGGGAUCAAUCAACGUCUGGAAGAAGAUGCUCACAAAAUCAAUGACGCCCCACAGAAUAUCGAGAGGUAGGGAGAGGCGGAAUAAUGAGCGUUUUUCGACGACCGAGCCGUCGGCCGUCAGGUAGACCAUGAUUCUUCAGUGGGCAGCGCCACACUCUGUAGGCGUCGCGGCGAAGACAGCGCGAGCUCGUAGCGCUGGCGCGGGGCUGUGGCCGCAACCAGUCGUCGCCAAUGCGUCGUCACAGGGAGCCACGCGGUGCACGACGCUCGACGCCCGAGACGCG